AUGCGUUCCGGCACGCUCCUUUUCAUCUCUCUGGUCAGCAUCUUCUUGGUGAUCCUGCCAGCAGCGGCCCAGGAGUGCAGCGCCACCAAGAAGUGCGCGACGGGGUGCUGCUCCAAGUUUGGCUUCUGCGGCUUUGGAAAAGACUAUUGCUCCCCAGAGGUCUGCGUAGCAGGCUGCGAUGCCAAGUUGCAGUGCGACCCGGGCACGUUUGGAGCCGACUACGUCGAGCUCCAGAAGUGCCCCUUAAAUGCGUGCUCCAAGUGGGGGUACUGCGGCGCGACAGCUGAAUUCUGCACCGACAAGAAGUUCAAGCGCCCGUCGUGCCCCCUCGACAGCACUAAGCCUAUGAAGCGCGUCGUCAGCUACUACGAGGGCCGCCCGCCGCCUCUGCCACGCGUUUAUGCCCGAGGACGUACCCGCGGGGGUAUACAAGUACAAGAUGGGGCCUCCGAAACUGUCAUGGGGCCACAGCGCUCCCAAAUAGUUCCCCACGGGGGAGGCACCAGCCCCGUUAAACCAGAAGGGUCUGCCAGGUUCCUGGGAGUCUGGUUGGACUGGAAACUCAACUGGAAGGCCCACUUGGUGGCGGUGAAGAAAAAGCUGAGGACCCAGAGCUAUGCCCUGUCGAGGAUCGUGGCAAAGACAUGGGGAAUGGGGCUAGCCAAAGCGCGAGAAGUGUACACAAAGUGCAUCCGGUCGGCGCUGGGCUAUGGCGCAUCAUCGUUUCACAUCCCCACGGAUGUGGGAGGCGAGCCGGCAAAGAUAGGCAUCACUAAGGCCCUCGGGAAGGCCCAGAACAAGAGCUUGCGGAUUGUGGCGGGAGCCUUUAAGUCUACCCCCAUCCGUAACCUCGAGACAGAGGCAUGGGUACCACCAUUGGACUUGUACCUAAACAAACGGCUUGCAGAUUUCGAAAACCGACUCCAACGACCCGAUCUGGACGACGGUCGAGGCGGCAAGAAGACAGCGGCGAUCGUUGUCCUCACCGCCUGCCGCAAGAUACAGCAGAGACUUAGCUCGAGGAGGGACAACAGGGGCCGACCGCGAACCUUGGGACCUCAAGGGCCUACGGCGGUGGAGAGAGCCGCGGGUACGGUCAUGCGCUGGACGGGGGGGAUCGUUGAUACGAACAGGGCAGUAGAAGAGGCUUGGAAAGCGAGGUGGCUAAAGGAACGGGACGGCAGGGCAAUCGCCAGGCCGGCGGACGACUUUGACCAUCAGCAGAAGACGUUAUUCCGGAACGAAACCCUAAGUAGGCACGACGGUCUCAGCAAGGCGAAGAGCUCACUGCUGAUUCAAAUCCGGACGGGAGCAAUAGGCUUACGGGACUUCUUGUUUACACGGGGAGUCCCGGAGGUACUGACUCCUGCCUGCAAGUGUGGCGAGGGACGAGAGACUGCCGAACACCUGGUAGUGUGGUGUUUGGCCCCACCGUUGACUCGAAGAUGGGAGAGAACUGGAAUUCGAACACGACGGGACUUUUACUCUGUUCUACACGGCAUCAAUCCCACGACUGCACGGCUCGCGAGGAGGAUCCUCGACUGGGUGAUGGACACGGUGAAGCUGCCGAUGUACAGGUUAGCCAGGGGUCUCGAGCUGGAAGAGGCGGCCUGA